UAUACAUUGGCUACAAUCUACUGCAGAGUGAGAAGGGAAAUGGUUUCUUUAACAACGAGCUAUUUAUCUACAUCUACCAAUGGUCAUAUCUUACUCUUCCGAAACAGCUGCAGUUUAGUUUAUUUAAAAUUUACAAGACAGAUUCUUCAAUCUUGUCAUGAAUGUUGCCAUUGCUAGUUUACCCAGAAAUCGCUGUUCACCAAGUCUGAUAGCGUCGACCAUGCGUGAAAAAGACUCAUUUCCAAGAAAAAUGUUGGUGGCAACAGGAGGUCACAGUUCACCUAAACAAGCCGCAAUAUAUCCUCUAUCCAUCAGGGUACCGCCUGGUGAUGAAAUGCCCUUUGAUCUGUCAAGGAACACAAAAUCACCAGGACCACAUAUGUCUCCAGCUUGCAAUCCAGCUCAAUCUCAAGAAGGUGAAGAUCAACCUUUGGACCUGAGGGUUGAUCGUAAAAAGAUGUCAAUAGUUAUGGCUCGACGGCAGGUCGAGGAUGAGAAUAGGAAUCUAGUGUCGCCGUCUUUUAGUGUUAAUAGUGAAAAAGACGAUGAAGGAAGGCAUAGUGUGACAGAUAAUAAGAACUUACCAAAGACUUUUAACCAACAACUGCCUAAUUACCCUAUCGUGUUUCCUCCUCAAAGUAUUCAUCCUAUGAUGUUAGAAGUUAUGUACAGAGCUCAAAAAGCCGAAAAUCUUCCUAGACUAUCGUUACCUUAUCCUACUUCUCCUACAAAUUGUAAGCAACGUUAUCCUUUUGUGAAUCCUGUCGUGUUAAGCCCUCCUAUUAAUUUAGUUCCGUUCGAUAUGAUAAGAAACCAAUCCACACCACAAACGCCGAAGAUGUUCGAACCGCCAGGGGCCAAAUUGAAAGAUCGGUACGCGUGUAAGUUCUGCGGAAAAGUGUUUCCUCGGUCCGCAAAUCUAACAAGGCACCUUCGGACACACACCGGUGAACAACCCUACAAAUGUAGAUACUGUGAACGAUCCUUUAGUAUUUCUAGUAAUCUUCAACGACACGUAAGAAAUAUACACAAUAAAGAAAAACCUUUUAAAUGUUCCUUGUGUGAGAGAUGUUUCGGACAACAAACUAACUUAGAUAGGCAUCUUAAAAAGCACGAAGCAGACGGACCUUCGAUCUUAGACGAAAGAUCAUUACGAAAGAACCAUAUUGCUCCUAGAAACCUCAAUGAGGACUCGUAUUUCGAAGAAAUUAGAAAUUUUAUGGGCAAAGUUACUGACGGAAGGCUAAUGCAGCCAACGCAAUCUCCAAAACAGUUACCAAACUUUCCCAUACCAUUUUCCAAAUGUCUCGACCAUAACAAUACCUACCACGAAAAGACUAACGCGCUCGAAAGAGACAAGAAAGGGUAUCUUUCUGAUAAAGACAACUUUUCUUCUGCUUCCUCUACGACAUCUGACAUUUCUAACAAAGAAGAAGAAUUCGAUUCCAAAAACAAAAUACCUGACGAAAGUAUAGACCAAGACAUCGAAACUGCUAGUGAUAAUAAUAAUAAUAAUACUUGAAACGAUUAGAAGCAAUAUGUAGGGAUCAUCGAAGUAUUACAUAUUUCUGGUUUUACAACCAAGCUAUAUGGAAGUCAGAACUAGAUGGCAGCCAUACCAAUUAGAAGACACGUGGCAAUUAGUUCUGAAAUAUUUAAAAUGGUUUAUUAGAAAUCUUUUUAAAUACACACUAAAACCGUUUCAGUGACCCUUAUAUAGCGCUUUCCUGCAAAGUUCAAUACUCACUUUAAAAAAGUACUUAUUUUAAACAAUAUAUUUAUGUUUAAAUGGAAUAGUUGUGAUUAUAAUUUUGUAUUUAUAGCUUUUUAAUUUGUAACGAUUGCUUUAUUAAAUAUUGCUUUUAAUAGUAUUCCUAAUGAUCUGCAUACUUUAUAAAUGUGCUCUACCAUAUUAAAUUACUAUAAAUAAAUUACUAUAAAUUUUUUUGUGACAAAAAUUAGAAAAAUUCAAUUUUUUUCUUCUUUUCGUUGGUAUUAUCUCGACAGUUACGCAUUUUAGGAAAAUUCUACAAGAUUGAAUUUAUUUCAAAUUAAUACUGCAAAAUAAGCAAAAAUUGUUAAAAAAAGGUCGAAAAUCAAUGUGUUUCAAUAAUAUUUUUUAGGUAAUUAAAAGCCACAUAAAACCUUUACAAUUUACCACGAAAAUCUUUUAAUAUCCAUUCAAUUCAUCAAGUAGUUUUUGCAAAAUAAUUUUGAAAUCUAAAAUUUGAAAAAAUUAUUAAUUUUCAAAAUUAUGCAGAGCAAAAAAAAAAUUUAAAUAUGAAUACAUAAUUAUAUUUUGCAUAUUAAACGGAAUUCAAAAUUUCAAAUAUAAUUCGAAUCAUUGAAAUCUGUGGAAUAGCGGAGGGUAUGGAAUUUUUUAAACAACUGUACAAUUUUUUUAAUUAAAAUUUAAUUUAUUUUUUUUUAAUUAACUAGAUUAAAGCAAAAAAAAGGAUCAUAUACGACUUACCCAAAUGAGGGUGUUUUAGAACAGAUAUUGUCUGAUCUAAUAAUGCUGUAACCUUAUUCGAUUUGUUUAUAGACUACUCUUCUUCCUCUUCUUCUUCUUCUUCUACUACUACUUUUUCUUGUUGUUCUUCUAAAUCCCGAAUUAUCCCGGAUUAUGUAUUGUACCUCAUUUACUUUAUUUCCUUUUCGUCUUCUCCCUUUUUAUUCUAAUUUUCUAUAUUUCGUUUAUUAUUUGUUUCCUUUUUGUGUUCAUUCUUCCAUUUUUGUAAUUUAUUUGUUUUCAGAAUUUUUGGCAUCUACUAUUUAUUUAAUACAAUUUUGUUUCUUUAUUUUUACUUACCUUUUCAUUUUCUCUUUCUGUUAUGUAUCUAUAUUUUAUGUCACCUCCGCUUUAGACAAAUUAAAUAUUUGUAAAUAAAUAAAAAUUGAAAUAUAUGGUACAGCACAUUUAUUUAUUAUUCACAACGAAUAUAUUGUACAAUUUUUUUAAAAUUAUCUAGUCACAGGUGUGUCUAAACAAAAAAUAUUUUAGAUGCAAUGUCCAUUUAAUGUUCGAGAAAAGCUUUAUCUUGUGCAUUAGAAAAUAGCAGUGUAUAAGGUAUACGAAAUAUUAUUGGAAAACUGAAAUGAAAGAGCCAAAUUAUAAAAAUUCGUAUUAAUUUAACAUUUUUCCUUAUUGAUUGUUAAAAAUUAGGUAAAAAAUGCACAAACUUUAAUAUUUUUAUACGUUUUAUUUGCCUAUUAAUGAUUUUGAAUCUUACAUCUUCCAAAAUUUUAACUUUUCUAUAUCGCCCUAUAAUAUAUUCUAGUAAUUCCAUCCUACAUAAUUUUUGCUGUUGCUACUUUUUGAACGCGUUCUUACAUUGUUUCUUUUACUUUCUUUUCUUCCUCCCUUUCUCAUAUUCUCUUUUACUUUCCACCUAUUUAUGGCAUUUUAUGUUUAACCUAGUUAUCAGUUUUGCUUGCAGUAGGUAUAUCCUUAAUAAAUGCUGUACAUCCUAAUUUUAAAAGAAUCAAAAUAACAAAAUGGGAAUAAGACGAAAUAUAACCAAAGGGACCAAACACAUAAAAAUGAAAGGAGAAGAAACUGACUAAAAUUUUAAAAAAGUAACGAGAUGAGAUGAGUAAUAAAAACAAACAUUGGAAGUGAUAAAAAAGAAAUAGGUACAACUUUAGGGAAACCGAGUAGAGUAGUGGGAUCACUAGAUAGGAUAUUAAACGCAAAAAAUUUGUGAAAGUAUACCAAUUAUUUACUUUUAUGAAACAGUUAUACGAGAACUGUGUUAUGGGUAUGUAAAUAGAACAUGUAGUAUGAACCAUCAGCAGGAAAAGAAGAUCGAGAUCUAGGAGAAAAAGAUUCUAAGAAAAUUGUAAAGAUUCUAAUAGAGACAUAUAAUCGACAGAUCUCCUUCUUGUGGGGAGGCGACCAAAUAACAAAGUAAUACGGAUUAAUCGGAAGUCCAAGGUAACAACGAAAAUAUUAGCUCAAAUAUCUAAGGCCAUAACACAUUAUGCCAUUGCAAGAAACAGAUAAUUAUGUGAAAGGAAUGUUUUUGUAUCCUUAUGUAUUAUUACAUUCUUUCUAGCAUUUCCUACUUGUUUUCAUUAUUUUUUAUAUUUUGUUUUAAAAUUUGAUACUUACUUUCUGUCUAUAGAUUGUACUACUGGUCUAAUUUAUUAUUUCUUUAUUCUUAUUUAUGUCUCAUUUUUUUAUUAUUUAUCUGACA